UUGCACACUCGCGCUCAGCAAAUAACAAAAUAACGCAUUUUAGACUUUUGUGCAAUAAAGAUUAUUCUCUAGCGUUUCUUUUAAUAAAAAGGCUGCGCAGAAUAUAACAUCCUACAGCAGGAAAUAUGUGGACAGUUACAAAGCCCGGAUAUAAGAACCGCAACAGCUUGGACAUCAGGGAUGAAGCCGAGAUAGUCGUGAACAUUGGUGGGUUGAGGUUAGUUUUGUACGGGGAUGUGCUUAACCGCUACCCUGAGAGUCGACUUGCAGAACUUAUCAACUGCUCAACUAGGAAUUACGACAUUAUAUCCUCACUUUGUGAUGACUACGACCUAAGUAAAAGAGAGUUUUACUUCGACCGGGAUCCUGACGCAUUCAAGUGUAUAAUUGAUGUUUAUUACUUCGGCGAGAUUCAUAUCAAAAGAGGUAUCUGUCCGAUUUGUUUCAUUAAAGAGAUGGAAUUCUGGAAAAUUGACCAAAGCCACCUGGAUGAGUGCUGUAAAAGUUACCUGACUGAAAAAGAGGAAGAGCUGGCUGAGAUAGCCGACAAAGUGAAGCUUAUAUUAGAUGACAUAGAUGGGAAUUCUUCAGUUAAUCGCUCAGAGCGGUGGCAAAAGUUCAUUUGGAAAAUGAUGGAGAAACCCGAGUCCUCGUUGUCAGCGCGCGUAAUCGCCAUCGCAUCUUUCCUCUUCGUCCUUUUGUCGUCAAUUGUGAUGUGCGUGGGGACCAUUCCAGAAGUUCAAGUGGAGGACGGAGAGGGUAAACGUCUGGACCACCCGACGCUGGAGGCCAUCGAGACAGCCUGCAUAGGCUGGUUCACCAUAGAGUACCUGCUGCGUUUUCUGUCCUCCCCAAACAAGCUGCACUUUUUCCUAUCUUUUAUGAAUAUAAUAGACUUUAUGGCUAUCAUGCCCUUCUACUUGGUGCUGACCCUUACAUAUCUGGGUACGGCCAUGAUGGAUUUAGCCAAGGUCCAGCAAGCUGUACAAGCGCUUCGCAUCAUGCGUAUCGCCCGGAUCUUCAAACUGGCGCGCCAUUCCUCUGGAUUACAAACUCUCACAUAUGCCUUGAAGAGGAGUUUCAAGGAGCUGGGGCUGCUCCUUAUGUACAUGGGCAUAGGGAUCUUCGUCUUCUCAGCAUUGGGCUACACCAUGGAGCAAAGCCACCCGGAGACCCUCUUCAGUAGCAUCCCACAGUCCUUCUGGUGGGCUAUUAUCACCAUGACGACCGUAGGUUAUGGAGACAUUUACCCCAAAACAGCGCUCGGUAAGUGCAACGCAGCUAUCAGCUUCCUCUGUGGGGUGAUAGCUAUUGCGUUGCCUAUUCACCCCAUUAUCAACAACUUCGUGAUUUUUUACAACAAGCAGAGAGUUCUCGAGACAGCGGCAAAGCACGAGCUGGAGCUAAUGGAGUUGCAGUCAGGCGAGGACGCGAGGAAAACAGCGCGGAAGACCGGCGUAACCGGUGCUUUGGAAAGCUCUAUGCGCACUUCCCAUAGUGAUAAUUGUAUACCACUUCUCGAAAAGUCGACCUGGACUUUGAAGUCAAAAUAUUAUUGUUCGGGAACGGAAUCCUCUUAACUUUGCAA